AUUCGCUCGCGCGCGCGCGCUUCCGCGAGCUCCCUUUAAAAGAGUCCAUCUUGACGACGUCGUCGUCAUCGUCUCCGUGAGCUUCCUCCUCCUCAUCGUCGUCGUCCUCGCUCGUCCGUCCGUCUUCCUCCUCUUCGCCGUUUCACGUCUUCAAAAGGCAGGAUGUCUUAUCCCGGCUACCCUGGUGGAAACCCCAGCCCUUACCAACCAGCUCCAGGAUAUCCAGGCGCUGCCUACCCCCAAGUAGGGCCAGGCGGAUACCCGGGCUCAGCAGCAGCGUACCCUCCGGCCGGGGCCACAUACCCUCCCGGAGCCGGUGGCUACGCACCCGCCGCUGGGGGGUACCCACCCAACGCAGGCGCUUACCAGCCCACGGCAGGGCCGUACGGGCAGCCUCCGGGCUCCUUCCCUCAGUACCCACAGCAGCCUGGAGCUGGAUACCCAGCUGCCGGGGGCUACCCAACCGGACCGGCGGGAUACAACCCGUCCAACCCAGGCCAGUACGCGCCGCAGCCCGGUGCAGGUGGAUACCCUGGCGGAGCUCCCUAUCCCACGCCCGGAGCUCCCCCCUAUGGCGCUGGUCCUCCAGGCCCCCAGUAUCCAGGGCUAGACCUACUCUUCUGGAAGGGCCCUGCUGCCGGUGGCUUUGGUGGUGGCUACUCUGCGCCCCCUGGAGGACCUGGCUAUCAGGCCGCCCCUCAACCCGGUCCACAAGGUGGCAUGUACCAGAAUCCCCCGGCGUCAUAUGCUCCUUCAGCACCUCCUACUCAGCAGCCAUCUGGUGCUUCCUACGCACAACCAGCCUACCAGCAAUCCCAGAGCACCCCUGCUCAGGUGUCGUACCCGAGUGCUGGUGGCGUAGCACGAGGCACGGUCCGCACUGCAUGUAACUUCAAUGCCCAGGAUGACGCCGAGGUGCUGAGACGUGCCAUGAAGGGCCUUGGCACUGACGAGAGAGCGCUAAUUGAUAUAAUUGUAAAUCGUUCCAACGAUCAGCGACAGAAGAUUAAGCUGGCUUUUAAAACCAUGUAUGGAAAGGACUUAAUCCGAGAUCUGAGGUCGGAACUGAGUGGUAAUUUUGAGGAAAUAAUUUUGGCUCUUUUCAUGCCUACCACAUACUACGAUGCUUGGAGCCUCAUGAAGGCAAUCAAGGGAGCUGGCACGGAUGACAAGGUCCUCAUUGAGAUCAUGUGCACACGCACCAACCAGGAGAUUAAAGAGAUUGUUCGUGUCUACCGUGAAGAGUUUAAUCGCACACUGGAGAAGGACAUUCGCUCUGACACCAGUGGGCACUUCAAACGCCUCCUCAUUUCCAUGUGCCAGGGUAAUCGUGAUGAGUCCCAGACAGUGGACAUGAGCAAAGCGCAGUCCGAUGCACAGCGGCUGUACACGGCCGGAGAGGGAAAACUCGGAACCGACGAGUCGACCUUCAACAUGAUCCUGGCUUGUCGCAGCUUCCCACAGCUGCAGGCCACCUUCAACGAGUACACCCGGAUGGCGCAACGUGACAUUGUGAACACGAUUGACCGGGAGUUUUCUGGUGAUAUUCGUGACGGCAUGAGAGCUAUUGUCCAGUGCGUGCGCAGCCGGCCGGCGUACUUUGCCGAGAGGCUUUUCCAUUCCAUGAAGGGGCUCGGCACCGACGACUCUGGGCUCAUCCGUGUCAUCGUCUCUCGCAGUGAGAUUGACCUGCAAGACAUCAAACAAGCCUUCCUGCAGCAGUACCAGAAAACCCUGUACACCAUGAUCCAGGGGGACACGAGCGGCGAUUACAAGCGCAUCCUGGUGGCCAUAGUGGGCAUGAACUAAUGAUGUCUUGCAACACUCUGACACGCACACAUUGAUCACAGGUACACAUUUACUCUUGAGCAACUGUGUAUACAAAUGUACACGCGCAUGACAAAUGCUUCUAUGCGUUAAUAGAAUAUUCACAACCAGGACAUACACUAACAGGCUAUAGCUAAUGUCAUUGUAACCAAUAUGACUGCAAAUAGCCUAAUGAAAUGCCAGCACUACUGUUGAACCAUUCACAUGACCUCAUUGAAAUUAGUGUUUUAAAGGUGCCACCGGUAUCUUUAAAUUAAUCGUAUCCUUCCCGUGCCAAAUUCCAAAAUAAAUACAAGAUGGCCACAACAGUUGGUUAAUGUGCCUAUGAUUUGUAAAGGGGGAAAUAUAACAUGAAAAAUUGUUGACCAAUUCCAAAUAUGAUUAUUGCCUUUAACUUCAGCAAAGUGAUUCCAAACGUUAGCAAGAAUAGCAAAUCAAAAGUAUUUUUUUUAUUAUAAUUCAAAACACUCCACUCAUUGAUUAAGCUUAAAUUUUAACGUUAACUAAUUGUGCAUAUUGAAAUUAUACUUUUUUCGGUUGCAACGUGGAAUGCUACUUCUCGUGUCUUCAUUAAUGUAGAUGCCAUUUAUCAUGUGAACCUAUAUUGUGACAAAUGAGUUUUAAAUAAGUUGAAUCAAAUUGUCUGCAGAUACAUGCGGUAACCAAUGAUAUUAAAAUCAAUGGCAAUAACAUUAUCAUUAUAUUUCUUGGAUGAACUUCCAUUACGAGUAUCUAAUGAACGCUUAUGAAAUAAAAUAUUAAUUCGGUGUGGGAUAACUACGUACAAUCUGUUAUCUAAAUUUCGAUAUUUUAUUGUAUCGUGGUAAUUUUGGUUUAGUUGAAGCUAACUCACUGAAUAAUCUACUCUAUAUGUACCGUGUAUCAACAUGUUUUAAGAAUGAGAUGCUAAGAAAAGUGUUUUUUAAAUAUAUACAUCAACUUAAAUUUUGAUUUAAAGCUUUCGUGACUGCAGGGAUUCAUAUUCUUGGUUCUUUCGGUAAAGUCACGUAGAAGGGAAAGAAAGAAUCAAGAAUAUACAUCAACUUGUUUGGUGCUUAUUUUCAAGCCACUUACAUUCUAAUCGGUUUGUAAACGACAGCACAUGUAUUAUUAUUGGGCAAUACUUAUAACAUACAGCCCUUUGUCAAUACACUGCUGGAUAAUGGGCUCCACACUGUGGGUUGUGGAGAUUAUUUGACCAUACUUCACCAUGCUGGUCAGUGCAGAUUGGUGAAGGUGGUUAGCGCACGUGUGAGAGUAUCGAGUAUUACAAUGGAUCUUUGUUGCGCUGCCCUCUGCUGCCCACUGCAUAUCCCGCUGCCCGUAACAGCCUGCUGUGCAUGGUGGUCGCAGAUCCCAAGCACUCGCCCACACUAAAACAAUCUUGAGGUCUGACAAAAUCCGAAACAUUCUGGAUAAUUUGGUCAUAGUCCUGUGAAUUACACGGAAUAUAAAUGCAUAUAUUUAAUUAACAUCCCAUUCUCAAAACGUAGACAUGUGUAUAUAUAGUGUUGUAUAAUGUAUGUACAGUAUAUGAAUGUUUAUACAUAGCGUGUUACUAUAACCAAAUAUCUUGUGCUCCAAUGGUAUAAACAUUAAUUUAAUCCCACGACACUUAGCUGCCAAGUCAAAUGAGUGGCCAUAUGAAUCAGCAGUAAUCCAAAAGCAACCAUUCAAAGAUAAAACAAAAUAUGGUAUGUUGAACUGUCAAUCAACAGUGUAUAAUCUAUAAACAAUUCCCCUCCCAUAUUUGCAUUAAUUGUAAUAUCACUUCUGAGCCAAUGUUCUAGAUUUAACUUCUGUAGAAAAUCAUGAGUAAGUGUAUACAACUUUACAGUAUAGUCUAUAUUUUUUAAUGAUGUGUGGUGUACAAGGUAAAAUGCAUGAGCCACUCCCGCAGCUCUUGUGGAAUUAUUUUCAGUUGACUGAUCUUAGUAGUUUUGGUGCAUAUGAGGACAUUGUUAAUGUAGUAAGUAUAGCUUAACAGGUAUAAGUGGGUAAAAACACUUUUAAAUAGAAAACUGUACAUUUUCAGCCACAUCAGUCUCAAUCGUGUAAGCCAAAAUACACAAUCCUGCCCAAGUGUUGGUUACGUAACAUUAAAUGUCCGUGAUGUACGUCAUAUUUUCCUCCAGUUUAUUUCUACAGUUAAGCUAGCGAGUUCAUCACUACACUGGCUGUUUCUCAACACUUACAUUUUAGGGGGUUCUUUAUAUGUUCUCGAUCUCAAGUCGGCUUCCAGCAAUUGUAAAGGAUUGCUGAUACUUUUGUGUAAAUGCACAUUUGAAAGGUUGACUUAAGUUGAUAUGAUGGCAGAUGGAAUGUAAGCAGCUGUCUUGUGAAUGCCGAACUUAUUGGUGCCAUCCAGUAUAACAUUUUCCCAUUUAAGUGUGCUCAAAAUAUUAGUAUAAAUGUAUUCUGCCAUAUUAUGUCAAGUCAUGCAUUGGACAAAUGUCAUGUGCCUUUAUAGUCAAUUCACAUUGGUAUUUUGUUAGCUGGAAAAUCAUUUGAUUUUCAUUUAUAUUUGGUGCAUAUUUGAUUCAAUUGUAUUGCCAUUUUAUUAAUAAACACGCCUGCAUGCUUACAAUUA